CUGUGCCGGGGUUCAUCCCUCCGCCCAGUUUACGGAAGUCGGCGAGGCGCCCUGGGCCAGAUCCGCGCAGGUCCUGGGGGGCCAGAGCCUGGGGAACACCACGUCCCUUCUGCUGCGUGUGCAGAGUGAGCGGCGGGCGGCGGGGCUCCAAGGAAGGGCGGCCCCGGGGGCGGCUGUCUCGGAGUGCGGCUGAGGGGCCAGCCCCUCAGAGGGGACGCCUCUGCCCUGAGCAGCGUCCAGGCCCCUGGUCCUAGGAGCCAAGACAAGCGCUAGGGUGGAGGCGCGCAGAGCACGGAGGAGGGGACCAGCGAGAGAGGUGAUCCCGGAGCCGGGAAGGGCACGAGGACCCACGCCUGACCGCGACCUGGACAACCCGGCCUCGGGAACCAGCCCUGCUCAGGGCGGGACUUCAGACCCACACUGGGCAGCGCUAUGGGAAGGGGCUCCACGAGAAGAAAGGAGACACCAAGGAAGAGUGGGCGGCCAGCACCUGCAGACCCCGGUGGGAGAGAUGGCCACGAAGCAGCCUGGCCAGGAUGUGCAGUGUGCUGCCCUUCCGAACACCGGUGUGCACGGCAGGCGGUUUAGGUGACUCUGCUUCCCGCCAAGGCAGAUUGCCACAUGCAGCGCCUCAUUUGGAUGUGUCUGGAAUCUUGGAAGCUUGACUACCUCUACGUUCUCCUACAAAUGGACCUUGAGAGCUUGUUUGGAGGUUCUACCAGGGAAGCCCAGCUCCUCUACUGGGUAUGGUCGUUCUCUUCGACUGAGCUGCAGCUUCGGGAGGGACGCACAUGAAGCAGUGAGGAAGGAAGGGGACACCCGCCUAGCCAGCCAGAUCAGCCGAAUCAACCCUGGCGAUCAAUGGGAUGACAGGUGUCGCAGCCAGAUCGCCCUCAUAUCCGGUAGUUCUACUUUUAACCUUUUGUGGAAUCUCCAUAGUUUUCUGCGGUGCUGCGCCAUUUACAUUCCCACCAACAGCGCACAGAGGUUUACACUUGUACAUGUUUCCAAUGACGAACUAAAAACUUUCAUGUUUUCAGACGUUCAACAUGUCUAUCCAGGGAACCCUGCUCUCCGAUGUCUUCUCCUCUGGCCACAGUAAGAGGUUUCACAGACCCUCCUGGGUCAAGAGUAAUUGUUAACUGGCCCUUCUCCCAUGGGUCCCAGCGUAGACUCCCCCCAACACUCAACCGGGGCGAAAUGAAACGCAGGGACUGUGGGAAGGAACUGCGGUAUGGGCUGGGUGGGCCCCAGGUCUCGCCCCUCGCCAAGUCUCCCAAGGGGACGCGAUCCCGGACUGCACAAGCUAGGCCCGCGCGGCCUCCCAGAGCCCAAGCAGUCCCUUCCCAGCCGCUACCAGGCCACUUCCCGGCGCUCACUAGUGACGUCCCCGCCUCGCUCUGCGCGUGCGCGGCUCCGCCUCCCCGCUGCCGUUGUCAGGGCGACGGCGGGUCCUCGGCGGUCGGCAGACAUCCGGGCCUGCUCCCGGCAGCUCCGCCCUGGCCCGCUCCGCCCCGCCCGCGGGAAAAAGGUCGCGUAGCAGUGACGUCGCGGGGGCUUGGCCGGCCGUCGCGGACUCGGGAGAUGGAGGAAAAGGAGAUAUUACGGCGGCAGAUCCGCCUACUGCAGGGUCUGAUUGAUGACUACAAAACCCUCCACGGCAAUGCCCCGGCCCCUGGUACCCCAGCAACUUCUGGGUGGCAGCCACCCACUUACCACAGUGGCAGAGUCUUUAGUGCCCGCUACCCUCGUCCAAGCCGGAGGGGCUACUCUUCCCACCAUGGGCCUUCGUGGCGCAAGAAAUACUCCCUCGUGAAUCGGCCCCCGGGACCCUCAGACCCUCCUGCCGACCAUGCUGUGCGGCCGUUGCACGAGGCCCGGGGGUGCCAGGCUCCUGUCCCGCAGCAGCAUGUCCUUGAGGGACAGGUCCAGCUCAGUCAAGGUCAGAACGUGGUCAUCAAAGUUAAACCGCCAUCAAAGUCUGGCUCUGCCAGUGCCUCAGGGGCCCAGCGGGGCUCUUUGGAAGAAUAUGAGGACACCCCCUGGAGUGACCAAAGGCCCCGGGAAGGUGAAGGUGAGCCCCCUUGGGGACAGCUGCAGCCCUCGAGGCCAACAAGAGCCAGGGGGACCUGCAGUGUGGAAGAUCCUCUUCUGGUCUGCCAGAAAGAGCCUGGUAAGCCCAGGAUGGUGAAGUCAGUGGGCAGUGUGGGCGACAGCCCCCGGGAGCCCCGCCGGACAGUCAGUGAGAGCGUGAUUGCCGUCAAGGCGAGCUUCCCAUCCUCCCCUCUGCCCCCACGCACUGGCGUGGCCCUGGGCCGGAAGCUGGGUUCUCAUUCCGUGGCCAGCUGUGCUCCACAGCUCCUUGGGGACAGGAGAGUAGAUGCUGGCCACACAGAUCAGCCAGUUCCGUCUGGCUCAGUGGGGGGCCCCGCCAGACCGGCCUCAGGACCCAGGCAGGCCCGGGAGGCCUCGCUGGUUGUGACCUGUCGAACUAACAAGUUCCGGAAAAACAACUACAAAUGGGUGGCUGCCUCCGCGAAGAGUCCCCGUGCUGCUCGGAGGGCCCUCAGUCCCAGAGUGGCUGCAGAGAACGUGUGCAAGGCCUCUGCUGGCAUGGCAAACAAGGUGGAGAAGCCGCAGCUCAUAGCUGACCCAGAGCCCAAGCCCAGGAAGCCAGCCACGUCCUCGAAGCCAGGGUCUGCCCCCAGCAAGUACAAGUGGAAGGCCUCCAGCCCCUCUGCCUCCUCCUCUUCCUCCUUCCGUUGGCAGUCGGAGGCCGGCAGCAAGGACCAUGCCUCCCAGCUCUCCCCAGUCCUGUCUAGGUCCCCGUCGGGGGACAGACCAGCAGUAGGACACAGUGGCUUGAAGCCCCUCUCUGGGGAGACCCCGCUCUCGGCUUACAAAGUGAAGAGCCGCACCAAGAUCAUCCGGAGACGUGGCAGCACAAGCCUUCCUGGAGACAAGAAAAGCAGCACCUCACCUGCCACCACCACCAAGAGCCACCUCAGCCUCCGGCGGAGACAGGCCCUCAGGGGGAAGAGCAGCCCUGUCCUGAAGAAGACCCCCAACAAGGGCCUGGUACAGGUCACCACGCACCGACUAUGUCGCCUGCCACCGAGCCGGGCCCACCUCCCCACCAAGGAAGCGUCCAGCCUGCAUGCCGUGCGGACUGCACCCACCAGCAAGGUGAUCAAGACCCGCUACCGCAUUGUCAAGAAGACGCCGGCCUCGCCUCUCAGCGCCCCGCCCUUCCCCCUGUCUCUGCCCUCCUGGCGGGCCCGGCGGCUCUCACUAUCCAGGUCCCUGGUGCUGAACCGCCUGCGUCCAGUUGCCAGCGGGGGUGGGAAAGCCCAACCGGGCUCCCCUCGGUGGCGGAGCAAAGGCUACCGCUGCAUCGGAGGGGUCCUCUACAAGGUAUCUGCCAACAAGCUCUCCAAGACCUCCGGCCAGCCCAGCGAUGCGGGCAGCAGGCCCCUCCUCCGCACAGGCCGGCUGGAUCCUGCAGGCAGCUGUAGCCGUUCCCUGGCCAGCCGGGCAGUGCAGCGCAGCCUGGCCAUCAUCCGGCAGGCGCGGCAGCGCAGGGAGAAGAGGAAGGAGUACUGCAUGUACUACAACCGCUUCGGCAGGUGCAACCGCGGCGAGCGCUGCCCCUACAUCCACGAUCCCGAGAAGGUGGCCGUGUGCACCAGGUUUGUCCGGGGCACCUGCAAGAAAACGGAUGGGACCUGCCCCUUCUCCCACCAUGUGUCCAAGGAGAAGAUGCCGGUGUGCUCCUACUUCCUGAAGGGCAUCUGCAGCAACAGCAACUGUCCCUACAGCCACGUGUAUGUGUCCCGCAAGGCCGAGGUCUGCAGCGACUUCCUCAAAGGCUACUGCCCCCUGGGUGCAAAGUGCAAGAAGAAACACACGCUGCUGUGCCCCGACUUCGCCCGCAGGGGGGCGUGUCCCCGCGGCGCCCAGUGCCAGCUGCUCCACCGUACCCAGAAACGCCACAGUCGGCGGGCAGCCACGUCCCCCACCCCAGGGCCCAGCGACGCAACCGCCAGGAGCAGGGUCUCGGCCAGCCACGGGCCCAGGAAGCCUUCAGCAGCCCAGCGCCCCACCAGGCAGACGCCCAGCUCCCCUGCCCUCACUGCGGCUGCCCUGGCUGCACCUCCCCACUGCCCAGGGGGGUCAGCCUCUCCCUCAUCCUCGAAGGCUUCUUCCUCCUCCUCAUCCCCUCCCGCUUCCUUGGACCACGAGGCACCAUCUCUCCAGGAGGCCGCCUUAGCAGCAGCAUGCUCCAACAGGCUCUGCAAGCUGCCUUCCUUCAUCUCCCUGCAGUCCUCGCCAAGCCCAGGAGCCCAGCCCAGGGUCCGGGCCCCCAGGGCCCCCCUCACCAAGGACUCAGGGAAGCCUCUGCACAUCAAACCACGUCUGUGAGGACCCCAGGGACCGGCCUGCACCUACCUCAGACCCUCAUCCUUGGAGAGGAAAGAGGCUCUGUCCACCACUCUACCCCACAGGAGGGCCGCCCGCCACCAAGCCUCACCUGGGGGCCACAGGGACACUGCUCUGCCUGCCUGGCCCUCAACCUUCCAUGACCAGCGUGUGCCCAGGGCCUGGUCUUCCUCCCCCAAGCCAGGCCCCUGUCCCCACCCCACCACCCUCCAGGGUGCCAGGCAGGGCUGGCCUCCAGGCCUGUCCCCGACUGCCAUUGGCAACAGUGGCCCUGCAGCCCCCCAGCCCUCCCCACCCAGGUUUUCGGCCCAGUGAAGAGGCCACUGGCCAGGCCUCCCAGGCAGGUGUUUUAUGUUCAGCAAUAAAGGUUCUAUCCGUAA